AUGGCGCACCAAGCUGGCAAGAACCAUGCUGCGUCGCUCGCAAACAAGAUCUCGAGCGCAAAGUCCUACCAAAAGUACACAGUUCAUCCCGAAGGCUUCUGGGGCCGUGUCCACGCCUUCUUCGCCCUCGACCCCAAGCGCUCGUCUGGUGUGCCCAUGAACGCCCAAUUCCGCAACCCACCUCCCGGCGGCAACGACCCUCUCCUCUACGAUGACCCCGUCACUGUCCCCGCGGCGGACCUCGCGGAGAACCCAUACUGGAAACGCGAUAUCCGGCGAUCAUACCCAAAGCUGAGCGUCGUUAACCAGAGCGAUGUCGUGGGACUUCUCACAGUUGGAAGCGCGGCGCAGCCGAAGGACGAUGUGUUGAAGUUGGGAGAGGCGGGAUCGAAACAGCUUGCGGAGGUGAAGGAGGCGGGCAGUCGGGGACUAUCGACGUAUUUCCAGAGUCAGAAGGAUAAGGGAUUGAGUGCAUGGAAGGCUGUGGCAGGGCCUGAUGGUCUGCCGCCCACGCCGAGCUCGAUGCAUUUGCAGGGGAAGGCGUAUAAAUUGACGGAGCCGGAGGAGCAGACUUAUGGUGGAAACUAUCCGUGCAGGACGUUCGUAUAG